AUGGCCGAUUCUGUCCGACACGAUGUCGGGGCCGAGGGGCCGUCGCCCGCGACCAGCGCGGAAGGCUCUCCGAAGCCCUCGAAUGAGGUCCCUAUCUCCAAAUCGCGCAGAAAGCUGCCUGGAUUUCUGGAUCAUUUCAAUGCACGCGAUUUGAAAGUGCUAUUCCGCUGUUCUGUGGCGGCAUGGGUCGCGUCGCUGUUAAUAUUCAUCAACCCAUCUCUGCAGCAGAUCGGGACCGCGACUUUCUUUGCAACCUUGGUGCUUUUCAUGGUCCCCCCCACAGGAAUUGUCUUCAUUUUUAUUCUUGCAGCAUUCACCCUGAUCUUUGGCAUGGCCCUUGGCUGGGCAUGGGGUCUUAUCGCUAUGAAGGCUGCCAUGGCGGCGCGACCGGCGGCCGAAACCCAGGCCAGAGUCCAGGCGCUUGGUCAAACAGCUUAUAGUCAAGCCAAUUCAACGGGGCAGUCCGUAUCAUUCGUCGAACAGGAGCUCGUCUACUCUGGCUUCAUGCUGGAUGCUCGCGUCUCUGCUGUCUACUUUUGUCUCAUCUGCCUCAUGGUUUACUUAUUGGCUCGUUUGCGCGCGAAGAACCCCAAGUUCGCGCUACUUCAAAUCUUCGGCACUAUCAUUAUGGAUAUUUUUCUCACUAUUGGUCCUCUGCUGACCUCUUUCAACGGGACUAUUGCCAAGCUCCUGGUUGAGCCGGCUGCCAUUGGAAUUGGGCUGGGAUUGGCUUCCUCGAUUCUUUUAUUUCCCAAGUCAACGUCAUCUACCGUCCUCGAUAGUGUCGAAGGCCUUUCGCGAUUGCUGAGGGGUCCAUUGGAUGUGACCGUCGCCAGCCUCCUCAAGGACGAACAGCUGGCGAUGAGAGACCUCCAGAAGCUGAAGCAGAAUACCAUUGCAUCACACAAGAAGAUUGAGCCUGCGCUCGCCUUUUUGCCAUUGGACUUUUCCGUUGGCCGCUGGGGUGCAGAUGACGUGAAAAGCUUAAAGCAGCCCAUGCGUCAAGCCUGCGUAGCCAGUUUGUCAUUGUUGGAAUUCCAGAUUGCCCGCCUUGGAGGAGAGGCCAAAUUGGAAAAACUUCGUGCACUCACCGCCGACUCUGCCCAACAAUCUGAUGUCAGCCUCAACGAGAAAAAAAAGCCCCGCGAGGUUGGCAUGCGCCAGCUGAUGGAUAGUGUCCACAUGGUUCAGGCAUUACGAAGCCCCGAACACGAGGGCCUUCGAUUGGAAAUGAUCGAUGCGAUUCGCCAACCUUGUCAGACGAUUUUGCCCGCCUGCCAAGAAGCGAGUGACGUUGUCGCUGAAUGUGUCAAGGCUGUCAACGCCGCCCGUUGGUUUGGUCGCCCUUCUAAGCAGCAUUUGGAUGAGCUCCAACAACGCAGCCACUUGGCUCUCGAGACACUCAAAAGCCUGCGGUCAAAAUAUGCCGAGGAGACUACGGAACGUCUGCUUCAGAUCAACGCAGAUAUCUUCGACGAAAAUGGCAAGGUCAAGGCCAUCGACGGCUUUUCUAUGCCUAAGCUGCGAGGUAUCAUGUUCGGCAUGGUAUUUGAAGAACACAUUCUCGGUGUCGCUGAUGGCUGGGAGCAAAUGCUGGGCCAAGUUGACACCCUCAUGAGAGAGCGCCAGAAGAUCCGACUAUGCCUUCCAAAGGGACUGCGCUAUGCUUUUAACUGGAUCUUCCGAAGAAGUACCGUGGCACCCGUUCCAGCUGCACAGUCUCCCCUUGUGGACCCCGAUGUUGUAGAAGCACAGUCAAAAGAGGCUCAGCAGGCGCUCCGAAUCAGCCGUGGUUACCGGGUGAAGCAACGCAGCGGUCUUGGACGUAUCGUCCUUGGUACUUAUCACUGGCUUAUCAGCUACGAGGGUAUGUAUGCUUUGCGCAUGGUCGUUGUGACUGUUGCUCUGGCCAUCCCUGCUGUUAUUCCUUCCAGUGCCGGGUUUUAUUAUCGGGAAAAAGGACUCUGGGCUCUGAUCAUGGGCCAGACAUCGGUCGUGGUGUACAUGUCAGACUUUGCCCUCUCUCUAAUCUCCCGUUUCAUUGGAACCAUUAUUGGAGGUGUUGCUGGUCUGGUGGCAUGGUAUAUUGGCUCGGGUAAUGGACUUGGUAACCCGUACGGUCUUGCUGCGGUAAUGGCUGUUGUUCUUGUCCUCUUGAUGUGGGCACGCGUCUUUGCCCCUAUGGCUUUGCUCCAGGCUACGAUGAUGGGUGGUGCGACAUGCAUUCUGGUUAUCGGCUACAGCUACGAUGAUACACACAUCCCAUCAUAUGGAAACCCUGGUUGGGGAUACAGUGUCUUCUGGCGACGACUUGUGCUAGUUCUUGUGGGAUCCGCCGCGGCCAUGAUUGUGCAAGUCUUCCCUCGGCCACCUUCCGCAACCCGACACAUCUGCAAAUCUCUAUCCAACGCGCUUCGUGGACUCUCCGACCACUACGCUCUGCUCCUGUCAUGCUGGGGCCAACCGGAUCGCAACGAGGGGAUGGUGGCUGAACAACUCGCACUCGAUGUUGCUGAAACCCUCAGCGCUCUCGAUGGACCAGUUGCACUACUCCGUCUCGAAUUCUCUAGCUCGCACUUUGACAGCGAUCGCCUUGCCCAGGUGAAGUCUCUCUGCCAGGAACUCAACCAGCAUCUUGGCCGUCUGCUCUACUUGUCGGCAUCACUACCCGAAGAACUUCAACUCCGCCUCGCACGCCAGGCUGGCCUCCUCGACCACCGUAACAUUGGAGAUGUCAUGGCUGUUCUGGGCGUUGUUGAGCAGGCCCUCAAAACAGGCGAUCCCUUGCCCGAGGUGCUUCCGACCCCACUUCUGAAGCGGUGCUUCGAAUACUGGCGUUCACAUCAGAUCGAAAUAAUAUUGAGCAAAGACUUGAUCCGCGAUGAGAGCUACCGCAAGUUCUGUGUCGCAGUCAGCUCCUAUCUCAAGUUCCUCGGAGCAGUGGAUGACUUGGUGCUGGUGAUGAAAGGCACACUCGGAGAGGCUCACAUCGUGAGCCGUGAUCACUGGUUGGGCUACCGUCCCGAGACUCCAACCCCAUUACCGACAUGGCAAAUAGCCGCAUGGUCAUUCAUCACGGCCUUUUGCGGUCUUUCAGUGGUGCAGGGCAUCUUUAAUUAUUCCGACUACUUCAAAGAACGUAAUGUACCUGGUAUCAUCGCAUCAUAUGGCGCAUCCGCAGUCCUCGUCUUCGGCGCAAUUGAAAGUCCCCUGGCCCAACCACGGGCCCUAAUUUUCGGCCACUUCUUCAGCGCUCUAACUGGACUCUGUGUCACCAAAUUAUUCAGCCUUAUGCCAGACCAAGCGCGUUUCGAGUCAUUGCGCUGGCUCGCUGCCUCCUUGUCUACCUCUAUUGCUAUCGUUAUUAUGCAGCUCACCGGCACGACACAUCCUCCUGCUGGUGCUACUGCUCUACUUCCGGCUACCGAUGAGGAUAUCUGGCAGCUUUCCUGGUAUUUCUUACCUGUGGUACUGCUGUCUUCUACGAUGCUCAUGUGUUGUGCGCUAUUGUUGAAUAAUUUGCACCGGAGGUACCCGGUCUUUUGGAUUGCGCCAAGUCCGCCAAAACCUGUGCCUGCGCCUGCACCGGCACCAGCACAAGUCUCGGUGCCGGCUGAUGCUAGUGAGGCUUCGUCGUCUCAUGAAAAGUUGCCCAAGAUGUCGGUUUAA